CCGUAAAUAAAUUGUUUCCGAUGUUUGAUUUAUGUCCUCUACGCUCCCGCUCACCAAACCACAAACGGUGCUCACCCCAAACUUUUCUUCUCCUCCAAAGCCCUAAAGACCAAGACUGAAGAAUUAACAGUUAGACACCGGAAAGGCAUUCAGGUGGAGGCGGGCUUUUGCGGACCAUAUUGCAUACGGUUCAACGGUCGUCUCGGGAUUUUCCAACUCUUUCUGACCGUUAAUUUUCUGGGAAUGCGCUUUCUCCUAGAAAAGCUAAUCCUACAGUGUCUUCUGGGAUUCAUCUUCUUCACUAAGCUUCUGGGUGGGUUUGGUUGCUGAGAAUAUGUGCGAAAAGAACCGUUGAAAUGGAGACGAUCGAACGUAUAAGAUUCAAGACUAUUGAUUUUAUUUCCCUCGAAUUUCUGGUUAACUAAAGAGACCCACUUUUGCGAUUUCGCUCAUUUUUAUAAUAAACUAAGUUUUGCUAGUCUCAUAAGUGAUUGAGCCGUAAUUCUUUAUAUAUUAUGGAGAAUUUAAGGGUUACGGAUGCUAGUGCUCUUUCCUGUGGCGAUGGGCUGGUGCAGCUCGAUAAUAAUUUUCAAGAAAGUGAUAAAUUGGAGGAUAAACUCCUUGAGGGUUUGGACUCUUAUUUACAAGAUAUUAAUGAUCGGUUGACUAUUUCGAGGAUGGUGAGCGACUCUGUCAUAAAGGGCGUGGUUUCUGCAGUUAAACAAGAGGCAGAUGAGAAAAUUGCUCAGAAAGAAUUGGAGGUUGCUGGAUUGAAGGGUAUGCUACAUCUUUACCAUGUGGACGUGGAUGAAAAGGAAUUCUUGGGAUCUCCUUUGACUUGUGAAAAGGAAUUCUUGGGAUCUCCUUUGACAUGCCACAAGUCAAAAAGCUCAUGCCACCCCAGGACGUAUUAUAAAUUUUCAGACAAUUUUGUGGAGAAUGAUAGACUGAGAGAGUCUAUGGGAAGCCUUAGAAAUGUGGCUGAACUUCAGUUCAAGAUACUCAAGAAAGAGAUUGACCGAAUGAGAGGGUUUAGUUCCAUUAGAAGGAUUGGUUCGGGCUCUGAACAGCUGGGAUUGGGUGGUAUUCUUCGAGAUAAGGUAUCUGAAAGAUGGACUGAUGUGGAUGUAAUUCUUGAAGCUCUAAGAGCUACAAUAGACGAUGUCUACAUACAGGUGGAAGAUAUGUUUCAGUUGUCUAAGGUAUCACGCUGUGCAUGGCAGCAAGAGCGAGAGUUUCAAGCAGAAAUCGAAGGUAUGGUAAUUAAGAAUUGCAUUCGGAGUCUUCAAGAGGAGCUUGAAGAAAGAUUUUGGGAUCAAAAUGCUCGAUUUUGUGGUAAUGAAAGUGUAAAUUGGCUUGAAAAGAUCCAAGAGAUUUCAAGUUUGAGGCAGGAAUUGGAUGACAUUUCUAAAUCACUGUCUGGUCAUGAAAUUGGGCAGCUAACUUCCCUUAUGUCCUUGGAGAUUGGUGAGGAAUAUAAUUAUAACAAAAGGUCUGACCACUUUCAACGCAAAGUUUUAAGCAAUCAUGGUUCAUCGUCAACUUUGAUUUGGGAAGGAAAUGGCAAACAUGAAGAUACAAAAAAUAAUACCCCAGAAAGUUCUGAUCCUGCCCAAUUAAAGCUCAUGCCAAAGGAUGAAUUGGUUUUUGAGAUGACCAAAAUGAGGAGAAAUCAUGAGUCUAAAUUGCAAGAGAUGACUGAAAAGAACUUUUUUCUCAAGCGGGAAUUAUUGAGGCUCAGGAAUGGGGGAUCAUCUUUGCCAUUGAAGAAGGAUAAAGAGCUGGACAUGUUAAAGACAAAAAUUCCCCAUUUCAUUUCUAGGUUGGAUGGCAUUCUUUUGGAAAAUGAGGCACUACAUGCAUUCGGGGAAAAUGCUGACAAUAUUGGCUGUUUGAAGGACAGGCUUGAAUCCCUUCUUUCAGAAAAUCGCCACCUUAGAGAUUCACUUUCCGAUAAGAAAAAGGAAGUCACGUGCCUCACAUCACAAGUUUCUGAUGCUGAAAAUAAAAUGUCAUACCACCAUCUUAUUGAGGCAAAGUUGUUAUGUGAUGUAGAAGAUGCACAUUUUAAACAUUCAAUUAGCGAAGAUGUCUAUAAAUGUGCUCUUAGGGAGUUAAUGUGCCAAAUUAAAUGGGUCACUGAAGAGUCAGAUUUACAGUGUAACACCCUGCAGGAUAUUUAUAAAAUUUUCUUCAAUGGAGCGAUUCAUGGUACUGAACUUUCAAGUGAGUAUGAAAUUGAAGAUUCGGAUAUGGAGUCAAUUAUCACACAAGCACUGUGUGGAAUUAUAUACAGAGAAGCAUUGAAGGAUGCUGAAGAGAAAGUCAGUUGCCUGAACACGAAAUAUGUUAAUGAGAAUAAAAUACGAGUUUCUCUUGAGGUGGAGGCACAAGAAAAAGAAGCAGCCAUUAGAUUGGAGGUUGCUAAUAAGGAAAGAUUAAAGCAAAAGAUAUACUCCCUAGCAGCAUCACUAGAAGAGAAGCCAGAGUUAUUGCAGGAGAGAAGUGAAGAGUCCAAUGUCAUGAAGGGUAACCUGGACAAGGCAUUAGAGAAGAUCGCACAAUAUAAGGUGAAGAUGUGUGAAUUAAAUCAGAAGCUUGAACUAGCAAUGGGAAAAUUGAGGGGAGCUGAUGAAGAGAGAAGGAUGCUCCAUGACAGCAAUCAAGAGAAGGAGAAGGCUUUAUCAUUGGUCAAAGCCAAAGAAAAGGAGAAUCAGAUGCAAAUGGAAUCAAUAAUUGUUCUUGUCCAUGGAUUGUGGAAAGCAGUUCAUGGUUUGGAAUGUAGAGUUAAAGAAAAUAUAUCAAAUAUCAGCCUGAGAUUGGAAAAUUUGAUUUCUGAGUCACGUUUGCUUAUCCCGAAGGCUAAUUUACUCCAAACAACAGGGUUGUUGUACAAGCAGAGGCUUGAGAGGAGAUGUUCUGACCUUGAAAAGGCCGAAGUUGAGGUUGAUCUUUUGGGCGAUGAAGUUGAUGCUCUUUUAAGCCUUCUAGAAAAAAUAUACAUUGGACUUGAUCAUUAUUCACCAAUUUUGCAGCAUUAUCCUGGAAUUAUUGAGAUCCUGAAGCUGAUAAAAAAAGAACUACUUAUCAAAAAAAAACCAACAGAACUGAGUGGAGAAUCUUCUAAAUCAGUUUGAUUUGUUCUUUCACUAGAUGCAAGGCCGCAUUAUUCAUUUUGAUCCUUGCUGCUACAUCUGUAGAUACUGCAGGAUUUUGUAGGGAGUCAUUGGCAAACAUCAAUUACCGAUAUUACAACAACUAAACAAUACGAGAACAUGGCUAAAAUUUAGGCCGAAAAGAUCUAUACCUUGUUGGGGAUGUCCAGUGAGUACUUUUACAGGAUAUUGGGAAGAUACGUAGAAGAGAUGCCACUUUUUUUUUUGUUUUUUUGGGUGAGGGUGGAGGAUAAGUAACAUGGCACAGAAUUGCAGUAGUAUUGGCAGGGAAACAUGGAGAACUUGAGUUUCGUGAUAGAAUUACCAAAAUAUUCUUUGGCCUGGAGCAGCAUAUAUAGAAUGUUGCCUGAUAUCAGGUUACUAGAUUUAGGUCUUUUUGUUUAUAGUAACUUUUCUUUUGUUCCACUUUGGCCCAUAUGUUAUACAGGUUCAUGCUCUGUAAUUAUAUGGGUUAUAUCUUGAUGUUACCCCACUCUUCCUCCCGGUUUUGUUUAUAAAGUAGUGUGUAUGAAUCUUCUUUUUA